AUGCCUCUAUUCUCCAUAGAUUAUGCAGAUGAGAAUAUGCUCUGUACUAGAUGUAAAUGCAUACUUGAGAAAGAUGCAUUACGGCUUAAGAGAACGGUCCGUAAAACCCCAGAAGAAGCAGGAGCUGAUACGAACAAGGACCGGAGUCUUUACUUUCAUCCAAAUUGUUAUUUUGAAAUGCUCCACCAAUGUGAGGCUAGUGCCAGCAUCUUCAAAAAUGAAACUAUACUUGAGGGUUUCAUGGAGUUAAAACAGAAGGAGAAAUACUUUAUAGCGCGAUUACUCAGCAACUUGUCUAAAAGUUUUGUGAUCAAGGAGCCACAACUAAAAGAUGAUCCUGAGCCACCUAGGUCCAAUUCCCAAAAACAAAGGCUAUCGGUUGAAUUCACUUCAGAAGGGGAAUCGGAGAUGGAUCAGUAUGUUAUGUAUACUGAAAGUCAACUGGUCAACAAUGACCCUAACAUGCCAAAAGAAUUUUUGAAAUCCAACAUGUUUUGUAGAUUUUGCGUGGUAUGCGAAAUGGUUGCGAUAACUGGAGUUACUGAGCAGAAAAUAGAUUCUAUCCACAACUUCCUUCAUAGAGAUGAAACUAUAGAUGUUGAAACAUUCGUCCGUUUGCUCAUGCCGAAGCACGAUCGACGAGUGUAUAACAUAACCGAAAAAGGGAUUCUUAAGAGUUUCGCGAAGAUGUAUCAUUUCGACUACGUAGAGUUGGAAAACGUGUAUAAAAUGUGUGGUGAUGUAUCUCUUACGGUGAGAAAAGCAAUGGAAGACCAUGCACUAGGAGAGACAUAUGCUGUUCCUUGGGGUGUGCAGAAAAUUGAUAGAUUUCUUGAUAGACUCAGUGAGAUGACUGAAUUCAGAGAUCAAUCUAAGCAUUUAUCAUACGCUUUCAUGCAAAUGACCACUGUUGAAGUCAUGUACCUGAUACGCUUGAUAAUGAAGGAUUUAAAAAUAAAUCUCAGAGCCAAUGAUGUUCUACGAGCUAUGCAUAGGAAGGCGUACAUGUUCUACAAGCAUAGCCAUAGUCUUGAUGAUCUCUUCGAAAUGUAUACAUCCGGUGAACUGGAGAAGAUGCGCGUGACCAUGUCUAAGGUGUAUAUCUCAAUACCUACCAUACCUAUGACUACGAAAAGUUGCAGUUCAAUGGCAAAAGCGCUCUCUACGUUCGAGGCCGGAUUGUAUGCUGAAAUUAAGUAUGAUGGAGUUCGAGUACAGAUUCAUAGGAAACAAGGAUCUUGUUUCCAUUUCUUCACCAAAAGUAUGAGACCGAUGAGUAUGGAUUACCUUGUUCUCUUCGCGAAUUAUGUUUAUGAUGCUCUACCGGAUGACAAUGAUAUAGUUGUAGAUGCUGUGUUAUGCCAGGUAGAUCAAGUAACAGGCAAACCUCUGCCUUUGCGCAAUCAAGGACGUCUUCCAAAGUCAGAUUAUGAUAAUGCUUGUUAUUGUUUGUUUAUUUUUGAUCUCUUAUUAUUCGGUGAUGUCGACUUGUGUAGAGUACCUCUGAGUGCCCGUCUUGAUAUGCUGAAAGAAAAAGUGCAAGAAAUUCCGAAUCGUGUUGUUCUGUCAAGAUAUCACUAUGUGAAGGAUAACCGUAAUGGAGAACUCCAAACACUAGUGUGGAAAGCGAUUAGUCAGGGUUAUGACAGUUUAAUUCUGAAAGACCCGCUUGGUUAUUAUGAGCCUGAUGAUCAUCAUUGGACGAAGCUCAAUAUGAAAAAGUUCGAUACUGGAAGAAUGGUUCAUGCAGCCCCUCUCAUUGUUUUAGGGGCAUACAAGACGGGAUCGACUGAAAGUUCUCGAGAAUUCCUUCUUGGGGUCUUUGAUGAGGAAACCGAAACAUAUAAGACUGUCGCCAUAUGCAAAAACGAGGAUCCAAAGGAUGUGGGAAAAUUGAAUGAAAAAUUGCUGGAGACCAUGGAAAGUAUUGAUCGCAAUGCCGAUGAGUUACCAAAGUGGCUUCAAUGCUCACCCGAGCUAGCACCAGAUUACGUCGUGCUCGACACGAAUAGUGCGCCAGUCUGGGAUGUUUCUGGCUUUCAGAUUUGCAAAUGUUCAGAACAUACGUCAGGAGUCACGAUCAGAUUUGCCAAACUCAACAAUUAUAAAAAUAGAAGAAGACGAAAGUAUGGAAUGACGACGAGAGAUUUGAAAUGUUUUUACCGAUUCACAUCGCAGAAAAGUCGAAAAGCAUUUCCCGCAACAUAUGACUUAGAACCUCUACAUUCCAAGAAAGAAGUAGCGUGCAGGUUCGUCUUGAGUGAUGCAAUAGCUGAACAAGAUUAUUCUGAUGUAAGUGAUAUCACUUACGAGGAGAUAGAGGACGAUGAGGCUCCUGAUGAUCAGGAUGAAGUUUUCAGCGAUGAAGAAGUCGAAGAUGAAGAUGAUGAUGAUGAAGACGAAGAAGAAGAAGAUGAAGACGAGGAGGAAGAAGAUGAAGAAGAAGUAGAAGAAGAGGAAGAAGAAUUGGAAGAUAAAGAAGAAACAGAAGAAACAGAAGAAGCAAGUCACGCUGCUCACCAGGAACUCGACAAAGUAUUCAUGUGUGAUUAUUCUUGUCAGUAUGAGGAAGACGAUGGCGGAAGUGCUGGUUCUUGUAAGGACCUAGAGGAAGAUGAUGAGAAAAUUGAGCAAGAAGUAUCUCAGAAAAAGCAAACCAUAGAAGAGAAGGCCGACUCUCGCAAAAGAAAAUUGGUCAGAGAGAAAAAUCAAGAGAAAGAUCAGGAAGAAGAGGAAGAACAAGAUGAAGAACAAGAAGAAGAUGAAGAAGAUGAAGAGCAAGAGCAACGACAAGAGCAAGAGCAACGAGAAGAGCAAGAGAGAGAAGAAGAGCAAGAGCAAGAGCAAAGAGAAGAGGAAGAUCAGCCCGAUAGAGGUAAGCUCGUGCUAAGGAUAAAAAGAUCUCGAUUAGAUCAUCGAUAA